UUUUACCAAUUUGGUCACGCUACGAACAGAAGCAAAUUUACUUCACGGAGGUUUCAUUAAAUUUUCACUUGUUAAUAAAACGCGAAAAAGCACAUAAAAACCGAAGAACUGUUAAAACAAAAGCGGUACGCCAAGAAAGUGAAGUGUAAUAACUAAACUAAACGAGUAAAACGCUAGUUUUUCACUCCGCGAAAGGCUUGUGAGCUGCAAAAGUGGUAAGGCUGCUGGUCACUUUAUGUCCAGGUCGCGUUCAUCCACUAAAGCCGUGCAGUUCAAGCACGAAUCGGAGGAAGAGGAGGACGACGAGGAGGAGCAGCUGCCUUCCAGGAGAAUGCACUCUUACGGAGACGCCACGGCUAUCGGAAGCGGGGUGCCGGCCUUUUUGGCCAAAUUGUGGCGCCUGGUGGACGAUGCCGAUACCAAUCGCUUGAUUUGCUGGACCAAGGAUGGCCAAAGUUUUGUUAUACAAAAUCAAGCGCAAUUCGCCAAGGAACUAUUGCCACUGAACUACAAGCACAACAACAUGGCCAGCUUCAUAAGGCAAUUGAAUAUGUAUGGAUUCCACAAGAUCACCUCUAUUGACAAUGGCGGACUACGUUUUGAUCGCGACGAGAUUGAAUUUUCACACCCAUUUUUUAAGCGCAAUUCGCCUUUUCUACUGGACCAAAUCAAAAGAAAGAUAUCGAACAACAAAAAUGGUGACGACAAGGGUGCGCUGAAGCCGGAGGCCAUGUCGAAGAUUCUCACCGAUGUGAAGGUCAUGCGGGGUCGUCAGGACAAUCUGGAUUCGCGCUUCUCCGCCAUGAAACAGGAGAACGAAGUGCUGUGGCGCGAGAUAGCCAGCCUGCGCCAAAAGCACGCUAAGCAGCAACAGAUAGUCAACAAACUGAUCCAGUUCCUAAUUACCAUCGUGCAACCGUCGCGCAACAUGUCUGGCGUGAAACGCCACGUGCAGCUGAUGAUCAACAAUACGCCGGAAAUUGAUCGUGCACGCACCACCAGUGAGACCGAGAGCGAGAGUGGUGGCGGCCCGGUUAUCCACGAGCUUAGGGAGGAGCUUCUUGAUGAGGUGAUGAAUCCAUCACCGGCUGGCUACAACGCAGCCUCACAUUACGACCAAGAGAGUGUCUCUCCGCCUGCCGUUGAGCGUCCGCGGUCUAACAUAAGCAUUAGCUCGCACAACGUCGAUUAUUCGAAUCAGAGUGUGGAGGACUUGCUGCUCCAGGGAAAUGGAACCGCUGGCGGUAAUCUUCUAGUAGGCGGAGCCGCUUCUCCUUUGGCCCAAAGUGUGAGUCAAUCGCCGGCGCAACAUGAUGUCUACACAGUCACUGAGGCGCCCGAUUCUCAUGUCCAGGAGGUGCCAAACAGUCCGCCUUAUUACGAGGAGCAGAAUGUGCUUACCACGCCCAUGGUGAGGGAGCAGGAGCAGAAGCGUCAGCAGCUUAAGGAGCACAACAAGCUACGUCGACAGGCAGGAGAUGUUAUACUUGAUGCUGGCGAUAUUCUCGUAGAUAGUUCGUCGCCCAAGGCGCAACGGACAAUCAGCCAGCAUAGUACGCAACCUGAUGUGAUGGUCCAGCCAAUGAUUAUAAAGUCUGAGCCGGAGAACAGUUCCGGACUGAUGGAUCUAAUGGCACCCGCGAGCUCCGAUCUGUACAAUGUUAACUUCAUCAGUGAGGAUAUGCCGACGGAUAUUUUUGAAGACGCUCUGCUUCCCGACGGCGUGGAAGAGGCAGCCAAACUGGACCAGCAGCAAAAAUUUGGGCAAUCGACAGUAAGCAGCGGCAAGUUUGCCAGCAACUUCGAUGUGCCCAACAACAGUACGCUUCUGGAUGCCAAUCAGGCCUCGACAUCGAAGGCAGCGGCCAAGGCGCAAGCUUCUGAGGAAGAGGGCAUGGCUGUGGCCAAAUACAGUGGCGCUGAGAACGGAAACAACCGAGAUCCCAACAGCAGUCAACUCCUCAGGAUGGCCUCAGUGUUAGUAGACCAGAAGAAUUCAAAUUCAAGUCGGAUAAGCCAUAAUCAAGCGGCUAAUUCUUACUGUUGCAGUGACGAACUCCACGGGCACUUGGAAAGCAUGCAAGAUGAGUUGGAAACACUGAAGGAUCUGCUACGUGGCGAUGGGGUGGCCAUUGAUCAAAACAUGCUCAUGGGUGCGCUUAGCAGGACGCCCAAUUUUCAGUUGCCCGAGGACGAGCUGCUUUUAAAGCUGUUUAACGACUCUGAUCUGAUGGACAACUAUGGCCUAUCGUUUCCCAAUGACAGCAUUAGCAGUGAAAAGAAAGCACCCAGUGGCUCCGAACUGAUUUCCUAUCAGCCCAUGUAUGAUCUGUCCGACAUUUUGGACACGGACGACGGCAACAAUGACCAGGAGGCCAGCAGGCGCCAGCUGCAGACGCAAAAUUCGGUUUUAAAUACGCCUCGUCACGAGUUGUAACUUAUAUUAAGUAGCAGCAGCUCAGCCGUUUAACUGGCGAACAAAUUGUUUUUAGUGUUAAAUGCAAAUCUUGACACGUUAAUUUUCAUCACCUACUCUGUCUAACCUUUUAGUUGAUUCAUGCCGAUAAUCACAUUAAUAACCACUAUAAUCAUAUGAAUGAUCUGUAUAUGCCUUAUGCACUAUAUAUAUGAUAUAUAGACUAACCAGUUCUUGUUGUAGAAAGACUAGAAGAAUCAAUAAAGAUUUAGAUUUAAUUUA